AAUGAAUCAAGAUAUUAUUUUAAACAGAUUGGAAAAAGAGUUUAAUGGUGUUCAAAAUGCAAUUGAUGAAGGAACUUUAGAGAAUAUGUCUGUCGAAGUGGCAAAAGAAAAUAAUUCCAUCAAUUACAGAAAAUGGUUAAUUACUAUUUAUGGAAAGGAAGGUACAAUAUGGGAAGGUGGUGAAUUUCCUGGAAUGUUGCAUUUUCAUAAAGGAUAUCCAAAAGAGCCUCCUUCUUAUUAUUGGUCGUUGUAUGGAGGAUAGUUUUAACAUAUGAAUAUUUAUUCGAAUGGAGCAACAUGCAUUGAUAUUUUGAAUAAUGAAUUAGCCUAUACAGAAUCUACAAAUUGUAUAGAAAUAUUGAAGGGCAUGGAAGGGUUUUUAUAUGCACCUAAUCCAAAAUCUCCAACAAUUAGAGGAUUGGCAAAAACAUAUGUAGAGAAUAAAUAACAAUAUGAAUAAUUGGUUAAGGCAUUUGUCAAACAUUAUAUGAUAGAAAAAAAGAAAGCAAAUAAGUGA